AAAUAGAAAGACAUACAAAAUGCAUUUUUUCUUCGCACUUUCAAGUUUUAUAUUCUAACCAUGAUUAUUUUUUUUAUUUCUGGUAGCAUUUUUAUUAGCGUUCUCACAAACAUUUAUUAACUACGCAUUUUAGCAUUAAAAAUCUUUAUGGGAAAUUUCCUUCUUUAAACACUAAUUAUUUUUGACCUAAUUGUCAAUUGUAGCUAAUAGCUACAUGAAUGUACCCCAACCACAUUUUUAACAUAUAUGAAUAAAAAACUCUUUAUGAAUAAAAUGUUACCGUGGAGGUCCUAUGUAUGCGUGCAUGCGGAACUUAAAUAUUUAUAUUCAAUGACAUUUUAGAAGUCAGUUUGUUUGGUUUCAGAUAUAGAAAGAAAUUAAAAGUUUACUGUGACGAUGAAUAUAUCUAGCUGUAUAAAACUAUCUUUCUGCAUCAUGAUAUACUUCACGGUGAACAGCACCACGCAACAUAUUAACCGCAUGAGUCCUCUACACGGCUUCAGUAACAUCAAAGUUGGCUGGGUUAGUUUCAAGAAAUAUUCACAGCGUCUUUUUAACAUAACUUCAUUCCAUCAACAGGACGUUUCAAAUGUUGGCCAAUGUCAAAGAUUGUGUCUCCUCAAUGAAAGAUGCAAAAGCUUUAAUUUAUUACCAGGGUUAGGUAAUUUUCAAUGCCAGCUACUGAAUACUACGUUUUAUGGCAACCCUUGCAAAAUGGAAAGGCACAUGACUGGAAUGCAUUAUACCACAUCUAAUCCAUGCACACAGAUUUACAACUUAUGCCCGGAUUACUCGCAGUGUAUUCCAGAUGAAUCUUUAACGUCAUAUAGCUGUCAAAACAAGACUGGUAUAGAGUGGCCUCAUUUCUGUCCAACAACAGGAAGUAGCACGUGGAUUUUACUUGAAGCAGCUAUUCCAGCCCCGUUCUGUCAUGCAUGCGACACAGAAAACAUUCAAGGUUCAUUUGUCAUUUUAAGUAGGAAAAGCGAUCAAAAUAAGGAAAAUUUUAAUCGUGGCUGGCAAGAAUAUAAAGAGGGGUUUGGCGGAGAUGAAUUUUAUGUGGGGAACGAGUUAAUUCACCAAGUAACAAAGUCACAUCAAUGUGAAUUACACAUACACAUGUCUGGAUCAGAAGGCACCUACAAAUUCUACUAUGGUCAUUUUCGGGUGGAAAGCGAAGCAAAUUCGUACAGGAUAAAAAUCGGUGAAUUUCAUUUGGUAGAAGGAGGGAAUCUCCAGGAUGAUUUAUCAAAAUCCAAUGGAAACACAUUUAGCACCUUCGAUUAUGGUGACUCUAAAAGGUUCGCACAACAAUACCAACGUGGUGGGUGGCAUGUUAGUGAAGCUAGUCUUUUUAAUGGAUACUGGCGCUCGAAAACAUAUUUACAGAAAGAUAAAUAUUUUACUGUUGUUAUUGCGAGAUUAAAAAAGAAGGUGUAAGCGCUUAGAGAAGGCUGCUUCAGGUAAUAUUUGAGAAUUCUUCAUACAAGUAAUAUCAAAUACAAAGUUAAUAAGAAGCAACCUUUCUUAAAGAUCUUUUACGUGACGUUUGACGCUCGCCACUUGUCAUAUUUAACAUUAUUUUUUUGUUAAUUUAUGGUUUUAUUAAUUUUAAAAAUUCAGCCAAUCGUUAAGAUAUAUAUUAUACAAAAUUCAAAAUUCCUAAUUUUUUCGGUGUAAACUAGCCAAACCAGCUUUGUGCACAGCCAAUGAAUGUUCCUUGUAAACUGUCGUUUAUUAUGGAUUCAGGAUUGUCAUGCUUAAAAAUGUUAUCUACAAGCACUAAACAUGACAUACUGUAUUUAAAGUUUCUUUUCAUAGAAUAGUGACUGUUGUAUUCUUAAGAAUAUUUACUUUGAAAGUGACGUGAACAUAUAUCCCUUUUUUUUGGUAUGUGGAUAUGUAAUGUAUUAUUUUGCCCGCACUGUAUAUAUAGCAGAAUUCGUUUUAUUUACUUUAAGGAAAGAAAUUUUAGCAGGAACCAUUUUAUGGAAUUUAGCUAAUUAUAUUAAAUAUUUAACUGCGUACUUUAAAACCUUUGACUUGCAGCUGUUUCCUUUACCAGAAAAUAGGUCUCCAAUGUUAUUUUCUUUUAUGUUGCUGUUUUCCCUUAUAAUAUACACAUGCUGGCUAGGUAUUUUUACUGUUAACUGAAAUAUAAAAUGAGGAAGGGAGGUAGCUAAAGAUUACAAGUAACAUAGUAUGUUAGCCAGGUUAAUUCGAGAUCAUAAAACGAAAGUACCUUUUGGUCCCCGAAAAGUGAUAAAUAUAAAAAACUGAUUAACUCC